AUGGCAGCACAGACGUCCCGCGGCGGAACGGCAGGCACAGAUCAUUGGUCCUCAGAGGCCUACAAAGCAUCCGCGUCUUUUGUCCCGCUCUUGGCUCAGACCGUGCUCGGCUACAUCGACCCGCAGCCUACGGACCGCGUGCUCGAUAUCGGCUGCGGAGAUGGCAAGUUCACAGGCUACUACAUGAAGGCCGUGGGCCAGGUACUAGGCCUCGAUGCGUCGAAUGCAAUGGUGGCAGCGGCGAAAAAGGACUGGGCGAGGGAGAAUGUAGAGUAUCGGGAGUUGGAUUGCAGGUAUUUGGACAAAGAAAUCAGAGAGGGGAGUGUUGAAGGGGCAGCUUGGGAUAAAGUGGCCUGUCUUGAUGCCCGAAACAGCGUGUCAAACGCCGCAUUGCACUGGAUUCUGCGGGACCCGGCCACGCGCGUGUCCGUCCUGCAGGCAAUCCACGACUGUCUCAAGCCAAACGGCUCUUUUGUCUUUGAAAUGGGUGGCCACGGAAACGUACCUGAGGUGCACUGUGCGAUGAUGGCUGCCCUGGUCCACUCUGGCGUGUCCCUGGAUGCUGUCCGGGACGCAAACCCGUGGUUCUUCCCGUCCGAAGCAUGGAUGAGAAAGACCCUGGAGGAUAUCGGGUUCCGGGUUGAGAAGCUGGAGAUGGAGUAUCGACCUACCAAAUUAACCACGGAUGAGAAAGGAGGGAUUGAAGGGUGGCUGAGGCUAAUGGGCGCAUCCUUCUUCGAGGUCCUGCGCGAAGGCGAGCAGCGGGACAGCGCUGUCAAGCAUGUGUGUGAGGUACUGGACCCGGUGAUCACACGAGAGGAUGGUAGUAAGUGGCUGGGAUUAGAUCACAGAGUCAAAGACGGAUAA